AAAACUGCCCGCCCGUUCUAGUGUGCGCUUUACAUGAAUAAGAAACGGCAUGGUGGACGAACCUAUCUAUUCUGCACCACACAUAACAUAAAUAUAGGUCUCAAUAUGUCAGAUUCAGAAUGUUCUGACAUAGAUGUUUGUUCAAUUGAUGAAGCAACAGCUAUAAAUUUACACACUGGCUUGACAUUGGUGGCUGCUGAAACUUACAUUCCAAGUGAAAGUACUUCUCCACAAGAUGAAUUCAUUCCCCUCAGUGAAAACGAUCUGUUGACAAAAAGUAAACUUAAAAAACCUCGUAAAGCCAAACCAGUCAAAAAUAUUUCAAAACCUAUCAAGAAGUCUGAACCAGUCAGUACAACAGAGCAUGCAAAAGCGAAUGAAAUUAUUAUUAAUGAUAUUGUAAAGACGCAUGUUGGAGAAGAAGCAACCGAGAAAAAUGUUUUUGUGACAAACAAAGUAAAACAAACAUCAGAAAUAGAUAAUAAUGGUAAUGAUGUAAACAUGGGUGAUAAUGACAGUGAAGAUGAACUACUUGACACUGGUGUAAAUAACACACUAAAUCAGUUUUACUUCGAAUCUGAUCAUUUAGCUAUUAAAAAUAACAAAGAUUAUCAUAAAUUGCUACAAACACUGGCUGUUCUUGAAGCACAGAAGGUACAGGCCGUUAAGGAUUUAGAAAAACUCAACAGUUUAAAAACGGAAGCGUUAGCAGACCCUUUGACAUUUGUGAAAAACUUGCAAGAAAAGAAAAUAGGAGACCUUCCGACAAAACAACCAGUUGCUAAACUUCCCGAUAUUAACUGGGUACAUUACAUGGCAGCUUACAGUGGAGACAAGUUUGUUCCGCAAAUUACGACAAGAAAAUCUAUGAAAAUACAAGAAAAAGACGACCCACUUGCCAUAGCAUAUGAUUCAGUUCCAUUAGAUGAGAAUUUUGUGGACGAUAUGUCUUCUGAGAAUCUGCAGUUCAGCAAAAGCUUAAAUAACAUAGACAGUAAAUCACUGACAUUCAAACAGAAAUGGACUGUGGAGGAGCAGGAGAAACUCGAGAAGUUGCUAGUCUUGUAUCCACCUGAGGAAGUUGAGCAAAGAAGAUGGGAGAAAAUUGCAAGAGCUCUCGGCAACAGAACACCUCAGCAAGUAUCGAGUCGAAUACAAAAAUAUUUUUUAAAACUUGCGAAAGCAAAACUUCCUAUUCCUGGUCGGCUUCCAUCAUCAACUUCAUUGACACAAAACAAAAAGAUUAGGACGAAUCUCGUAAAUUACAAAAAUUCCACUUUUUUCCCAUCUUGGCGCCCAAAUGUCUUCAUGAAUGAAGAAGGUAACGACGACAACGAAAACGGCGCCUCAUACAUUUCCAUGUUCAAUGGCGAAGUUCAAGUGUCAGAUGAUGAGAUGAUAGCAGAUGAGUUAAAAGAUUCACCAGAAUACACAGAACUCAUGGAAUUGAAGAAGAUGAAGAAACAGUUGAUGAAAAAACGAAGCACAUCGUCAGGUCCUGUUUGUCACACAGGUUUUAUGUGCGACGGAUGCAACAUGGAACCCAUUGUAGGGGUUAGAUGGCAUUGUAAGGAUUGUCCACAACAACAAUCUGUUGAUUUUUGUAAUAACUGUGCGCAAAGAGCAAUGACAAGUGAAACACAUUUAAAAGAGCACCAACUAACUCCAAUAAACGAAAGUAGUGAAGCACUAUUAGACAACGAUUAUUUAUCUUUUACUCAAACCAAUAAAUUUAAAUACAAUUACUUGGAUCCUAACUUUCUUCCAACCAAUAAAAAUAGCUGACAUAAAUCCUUCCACCUAUCAUGACUCGGAAGAAGUGUAUGUCGUGUUACCGUCAACGAAACUACUUGAAAGACCGGAAGACUGGGAAGACAGUAGGGUUUGUUAACUCAUGGCGUUUCCUCUUUUGCUGCUUAUAUUGGACACUGAAGUGACUUUUCUAUGCAUCUUCUAACAAUCGGAUGACAAAAACUACCCUCUAUGAAGUUAGGUUGUUUGGUCUUAUAAGUGUAAUAUAUAAGUUGUGUUGUAAGAAAUUAUUUAUAUAUUUUAUUA